AUGAGUGCAGUGACUCCCCCCCCAUCCCUCUUCCAGGAAGAUGGCAGUAUGAGGACUGGUACCAAGGUGAGCUUAGUGAAGAUCCUGAAAGAGGAGACCAGAGUGACCAUCAUUCCUGAUCUGCCUCAAAGGAUCUUCACUAAGCUCGCCUUGGUACCAGUCCAAUACAGUGGACCAAGCCUUAAGUCUGCUGAGCAAAGCCGGAGGUACACACAAAAAUCUGCCAAAGUAUAUGAAGUUAGUGAGCAGUUCACAGCUCCAGAUCCACAGGAGUUUUUUUCUGUAUCAGCCAAUAAAGCAAAUCUCCUUCAAUUCCUCUGUGAGAGGUGGUGUGAGCAUGAACAACUCAAGCCUCCUAAUGGCCUGACUCGUAUCUACCUGGGUGGUGGAUUUAAAGAAGAGACAAAGACCGUUGUGCUUGCAGAUGGUUCUGUCAGGGAUGUUCCUGCUCUUGAGUCCACACAGAAGGAGGCAGACACAAGGAUAAUACUCCACACCCUCUACAGUGUCCAGAAUGAAGGAGUUGGCAGAGUUGUCAUCCAUGCCAAUGACACAGAAAUCAUUGCCAUGUGCCUGUACUAUGGUUCAACAUACAUCAGUACUCUCCCAGAGCUGUGGGUGAAAACAACAGAGAAUGCCUAUCUGCCCAUUCAUGAAAUGGUAGCAGCACUGGGACCUUCACUAUGCUGUGCUAUGCCAUUUGCCCACAGUCUUAGUGGAAGAGAUACAACUAGUUAUCCUUAUUUCACUGGUAAGAAGUCUUGGUUCAAAAGCAGCAUGAGAAUGGACAUACCUGCACUUGAAGAGUUUGGUCAAAAUACAACUGAUAACAUAACAGAUUACCUGCUUCACCAGGCACGAGGCCUCAUCAUAGAUGUGUAUACAUCCUCAGCUGAUCACUUUGAAGAUUCUGAUCUGGGGACACUGAGAGCAUACAAGUUAUUGAACAACAAAUCAACACUCUUAAAGCUACUUCCUCCGACUGAAAACGCAUUUCUCUUCCACCUUAAACGGGCAGCUCUGGCAACCAUUAUUGACAAGAAUGCAAAUAUUGCCAAGCCAGAAAUCCCCCCUUCAGGAAUUUUGGAUGAUUUCUGGAUGAGGGCCAAGCAGUUGAAGUUCCAAUUCCAUCUACACAGCCUGUCUGGCCUGUGUCAUUGGCCAUGCCAUCUUGUUUUUCUCUCUUUUUUGGCUCUAAUAACUUCUCAUUUAUCUCUGUCUUGUUGCCCAGAUGAAGACCCCUUCCAGCCAGUGACCCAAGAUGAGACGGUGGCAGUGGGCGGGGUGGUGACCCUGACAUGCAGUGUGAAGGAAAACGAUAACUCCUCCCUCCAGUGGUCUAACACGGCCCAGCAGACCUUGUACUUUGGAGAGAAGAGAGCACUGAGAGAUAACCGUAUCCAGUUGGUAAAGUCCACGGCUACAGAGCUGAUAAUCACCAUCGCAGAAGUUCAGCUGUCAGAUGAUGGAGAGUACACCUGUUCCAUUUUCACCAUGCCUGUACGGACAGCACGAGCCACAGUUACUGUACUUGGUGUUCCAGGCAAGCCGGUGAUAACAGGUUUUGAAGAUGCUGUUCAGGAGGGCAGCACGGUUACUCUUACCUGCACGAGUUCAGGCAGCAAACCUCCUGCUAAACUACGCUGGUACCUUAAUCAAGAGGAGAAACCGGGGCGUCCUGAUGUUGUGGAGUCCAACCCCGAAGAACCAACCUACACAGUAACCAGCGAGCUCAUCUUCACUGUCACAAGGAAUGAUAACAACGCUCUGGUCGCCUGUGAGGUGGAUCACGCGUCCAUUGCCAAUGGAGACAAGAAGACAGAACAGCCCCUCAGCGUCUUGUUUUCUCCCAGCGUGUCAAUUCAGCCUGAGAGUGACCUGCCCAGAGAAGGAGAGAAGUUUUACCUGCAGUGCGUGGCGAACGGAAAUCCAGAGCCGACUGCAUUUGUGUGGCGGAGGAAAGAUGGAGAGCUCCCCCCGCUGGCGAAGGUGGAUGGUGCGUUCCUGCGCUUCGAAUCACUCAACAAAACGGAUAAUGGCAUUUAUGAGUGCCAGGCUGAUAACGGGAUCGGCAUGGGGGACGUAUCGCACACUCUCCUGGUGCAAGACCAGGGAGAUUCAGACUUCCUUAUUCCCACCUUUACUCUCCUUUCAUCCUCUGUUUCUCCCACAUCUCCUCCUCAAACUUCCCUUUCACCCCGUACUGAAGGCGAAACUCUUCCUCCUCCCUCCUCUUCGUCGUCUUCCACUACCGUCCCAACAUCCACUCUUCCAAUCUCCUCCACUCACCCUCCUUCUGCUCCUCCCACCCUCCCUCCCUCUCCUGAAGUUCCCACCACCUCUCUUUCCAAUGCUCUCUUCCCAGAUCUCACUCUUCCAUCUACUCGUACCCCUCCCUCCCCCUCCUCCUCCCCUCCUGCCACUCCAUCAUCUGUUUCUCGGCUGAAUGGAGUGCACACCUUUACAGAAGCCGGAGUAAACGCUGCAGACCCCACAGCGAUGUCCACCUCUUCAGGAGUAGACCACGCUGUGAUUGGUGGAGUGGUUGCUGUCAUUGUCUUCAUCAUGCUUUGUCUCCUCAUCGUCCUCGGCAGAUACCUCAUCAGACACAAAGGAACGUACCUGACUCAUGAGGCGAAAGGUUCUGACGAUGCUCCUGAUGCAGACACGGCCAUCAUUAACGCUGAGGGGGGCCACUCUGGGGUGGAUGACAAGAAAGAGUACUUCAUCUAGAGAUCCAUCCAUACCCUCUUCCUUCACACGCUUCAGUUCACUCAGCCUGAUGGGAAAAAUGGGCGAUGGCAGAAGAGAUAGGAAUUAUGUGAAGAAAAAAAAAACAAAACAAAAGGUGUUGACUUGUUGGAACUGAAGGACCUCAAAUAAGCUUCGACACACAGGACAGGAAAGUGAGAGUUAUGCACUGGCGCGUGUGCUCAUUUCCACACACACACACAUACACACACACACUUCAGUAUCUUCAUUACCAUAAUGACACAUGAGCAAACACACAUAGUGAGACGUAAACGAUAAAAAGAGAUGCACAAAGGCAAUAUGACAGUGACCACACUUCCCUCGUCUCCCAUGAUUCCUUUCAAACGGUCCAGAUAUGUUGCACAGUGACAUGUGCAUGCAUGAACUUCCAGGACACACAGUCUGCUCCCAAAACCAUUGAAAGACACAGACUGGUAACCGGCACGCAUGCAAACACACAUCAAACAAAAAGGUUAUAAACUAAAGACAAAAUUUUAACAAACCAAGAAACACUGCAAUAUCACUGACAGACACACACAAUCAUAUUCAUCACCCCAAUGUCACACUACAUCACACACACACUCACACACACACACACACAGGCAGAAUAACCAGGCAAAAACAGCAGCCCAUGCAAUCAUUGUAUGGGACCCCUGAUAUCAAUUUAUAAAUACAUAUAUAUAUGAUUAUAUAGCAUCAUUUUUACUCGCAGUGUGCUGUAAAUAUAUCCCCUCUCUCUCUCUCUCUCUCUCUCUCUCUCUCUCUCUCUCUCUCUCUCUCUCUCUCUCUCACCUCACUGUCUGAUAUUGCAGUAUAUACUCUCUGAGCCUGCCUGGUUUUCUUACAUGCGUGGAAAUGCAGAGUUGAUAAAAAAUAUCUGGACUAUAGAAAAAAAACCCAUGGUGUUAUGAAACUUCAGUAAUAUUUGUAUGAAUUACGUUCUCUUCAAGUUUGAUUUCUGGUGUUUACUGUUGUUGCAACAGUCUAGUGUCAUUUCAACAACCUGGGAAGAUUAUUAUUAUCAUUAUUAUUAUUAUUAUGAGGUUAUUAUUUGUGCACUGAUGUGUCAUUGUGUGAUUCAGGCCCAGUGAUUAGCUCACUCACGCCACCUUCAGGAAUCAAUCUCAUCUGUUCUUCAGAAAAAGCAGGGUAACAAACUACUGCUCUCUUUCUCUAUCUCUUUCUCUCUGAAUCAUCACAAUCCCACUCUCUUCCUAUCCACAACCCUUUUUGUUGUUGUUGUUGUUGUCUGUUCUGGCCUUUGUCUUCCCUUCCAUUUACUGUCAUAGAUCUGGAUUACAUAUAGACUUAUUCCAUCAUAGUCAACCGCGAACUAUGAGUGACUUUUGGAGGGAGUUUGGGGUUUUAGUCAGUUACAUCAUGCAAUAAACGGAGGCAUUUCUAUUUAAUAAUAAAAAAUAAAAACUGUUUAAUUGUUUAAUUAAAAUCUGGCUAAUUAUAGGUGAUUAUUCUGCAUGUCGAAUCCUUAAUUCUAUCUAAUCUUAAUGUGAAUAGACUGCAAGUAAGCCAAUCAUAGGUUGAUUCACUGUGAUGCUAUCAAAACAUUGCUCUGUUUGUUUGAGCAUCCCGACCGGAGACAUAUAACUUUGGCUCAACCAAUGGCGUGCAGUCUGAUUCAGUUUAGUGGCGCAGAAAUUACACACUGUGCUUUUAAGUGUAUUGUGCUUAAAUUUGUGAAUGACUAUGUAUCCAGCUAAUUUUUCCCAAAACGGUUCUGAUCUGGUAACGGAUUUGUAAUUUCGGUGUCCGCGAGGCCUAUUUCUUUUCAAUAGUUAUUUAACUGUGACUUGGGAGUUGAGCAUUUUUUAAUUCCAUUCCCCUGAACUCUUCCCAACAUUUGUUGUCCUGAACAUGGCAAAUGGUCUAAAAUAAAAUAAUCUUUAGGCUAAGAACACAAAUUUCUCUUUAAACUUGAGAAAAUGGGACCAAGAGGCGGGUGUGGUAAUUUACUGGAAAGGGGAAAACCAUCACAAUUCAGAAUAAAACAUGCUUGUUUCAUUUUCAACUCACCUUUAUUUGUAUAGUACUUUUCAGAUCAUUUGAAUGGAGCUUCACGGAAAAUGCACGUUUUAAUGAUAUGAUGUAAAUUGGCGCAAAUGAACAGGGAAACUUAGAUUAAAUCACUCUAAUCUGCCACAUACAGUAUAUGAAAGUUCUGACGUUUAUGCAUGUUUUUGUUUGUGUGGGAUGACAGAGUCAUUUGUUUAACGGACAUGUAGGUCACAACUAAGUGGCAACUGACCAAUUACCAACAAAACCCAUGCUACACCUUCAUACUCCCUCACAUACCUCAUAAGUGAGUUUCUGAGAUGAGCAAUUACACUCGACCGCCGCAAGAUGGCGACAAUGUAUUUCGUUCCCCCACACGUCUUUAUCUCGCUCUCUCUCGCUCGCUCUCUCUCUCUCUCUCUGUCCUGUACAAGCAGUAGAACUUCCAGUUAGUGAUCAAUCAGCUCAGUGCUUAAUUUUUAAAUUAUGUUGUUUACUUUUAUUCUGCUGUAGAUGUGCAUAUUGUUGUUUGUAAUUUUAUGUUCCAUUUUUUAUCAUUUUUUAUGACAACUAAAUGUCUUAGACUGGAAGGUGUAGAUAGUUUCAUGACUUUUGUUUUGUUUGAUAAUCUGCCAUGUUUUUAUGAUUUCAUGUGAUUAGUGUUGCCUUGAACAGUCUACACACUCAAGUGAGCACAGAUAUGUGUCUGUGUUUAUGUGCGUGGGAGAUUUUCACACUGGACCACCAAAAAAUGCAGGAAACACUAAAAGUAUUAUUACAGUAUUCUGUUAGAUUCUUUUUGGUUUUUAAUGAUAAGUCUUCCUUUUGAAUAAUUAUCAUAUCAUGUGGAGCUAUUCUGUCAUGUAUGUUGAUUUGUAUUAUGGCCGAUGAUGUCAUCUGAACGGGACUAAACUCUGAGGUCAUCAUCAUUGUGGGUUCCGUUUGUUUGAUGUCUGUUUAGACAGUAUUUGCUUUUUGUUACAAAAGAGAUCCCUUGUUAACUUCAAAAUAAAUACAUUUGGGUUAACCUA